UGCACCUCUAUUACAGCCAUUCGUUCCAUCCCCAACAUUUCUGUGUUUUCUUCCCCCCUCCAUCUCUGACCUCUAUCAUGGCAGAGAAAGACGCUACCACACGGCUUCGUAGAGCCGUCAAAGAGAACAACCUGUUUUUGGUCAAGAGGUUGAUCAAGAAAACAGACAUGAGGAAUCCCGAUCCUACACACAAACGAUAUACAUCUUUGACCUGGGCAGCUGUACUUGGCCAUGAGGAGACAUUCGAGUUCCUACUCACUUCCGGUCAUGACGAUCGGGAGUAUAGCAAAGACACUGAAAACAACACCAUACUCAUUCUCCUUGCCGACACCAAGGCCCCUCUAACUAGUCCGUAUGGAUCAUCUGACCACGAAUUCUAUAGCACUAUCCUGCGGAUGGCGAAACUAUACUACGAUCGGUAUCCUGACAUUUUGGAUUGGGCGAAUGUAGAUGGAAAGACAGCAUUGCAUGUUGCAGCUUUGAAGGGGAACGAAGAACUUGUACGAAUGCUCUGUGACUUGGGUGCAGACUUCGACUUGGCAGACAAUGACGGGAAUACACCUUUGCAUUAUGCUAGCGCUUGGGGUCACGUUCCAAUCGUUCAACUCCUAAUUGAACGAGGAUGCAAUUAUACUGUUCGCAACAACGAUGGUUUUGACGCCUCAGAUUAUGCAUAUUCAAUAAGCAUACGCGAUGUGCUUCAGGAUACAGCUCGUGCACAGUACGAGAUCAACAAACGAGCACGACGGAACGUCUUUGCUCAAGCGGCUGCGAGGGGACAUGAGUGGGGCACAAUGGCAUCACAUUUACCUCCACCUCCACCCCGAAUGUACAAUUCAACCAGUGGUGGGUCUCGCAUGCGAAGUGGAUCUGGGACAAGUCGAACGACUACAACUUCAGAUUCUGGGGAUUUCUUUGAUGUGGGACCACAUCAUACAAGAAGCCAUCCAACCUUGAACGCAUCCUUUUCUCCCUCCCGUCAACUUUCAAAUUUACCAUCUGGUGGAUUCUCUCCUGCGCAGCCCUCAGGUAGUUCCACAAGCAGUUUCCCCACAUUAUCAUCUGCUGGCGUCACCUCUCUCGCCCCUUCAUUAAGCUCAAAUCCUGCCUCCGUUCUAUCGCCCAUCGCUACACGAAUGAGAGAACGUGACGCAGAUGCCAUGGAGAAAUACAAGCUGAGGCAACGCAGUGGUAGUGGAGCUACCACCUCCACCUCAGAUGCACCCACACAGAAUGGGCCCACCACGAGCUCUUCUGCAGCUGAAGAUGACCUUAGUGCUCUUCACUCAUUAGUGACGGUUGGGUCGGUCGCACCUCGGCGGCGAUUACGACCGUCGGCUUCCGCAACUCAGUUACGGAGUAACGGCCAACCUGAAUUGUUCUCAAAUUUGCCUCAAGCGCAACACGAUGCUGCUCGCAAUCGGUCUGGCACCAGUCCAGCUAUGCUCAAACAGCAAUCGUCUCCUGCCACACAUGGGCACUCAUCUUCGUAUUCCGAGGCAAUACAACCGGUGACACCUACCCAGGGUAAUUUGAGGCCGCCAGUGAUCAGGACGGGGAGUUCUCGUGAUGCCGAUCCUGCAAAGGACAAAUACACAGGGCCACCAAGUGAAUAUGCAAAGUUCCCGCCACCUCCCCCGCCACCCAAGGAUCCUCCAGAACGAGCUGUCGCAUCAGGCAACACUACUCCAACUACUACUCACACUCGCCGGUUGCCGUUCAAUAUUCUUUCACAUAAACACGGUGACCAUCACGGCGCGAAUUCCAGCCACAAACGGAACAUGUCAAUAUCAUCGAUAGGGGCGAAGGCUUCAUGAUAUGGACUACAGUAGAUUGUAUUUCUUGGAUGCGGAGUGUAUUUUUGCCCGUGGUAGUGUACGAUUUCGAUUGCAUACAUACAGUAAAUUGUUCGGUUGCUGUGUCAUAUUGUGUCACUCUC